UUUAGGUAGGAGUAUAUUAUCAAUUCAGUGUGUUUUAUAUCAUUCAUUAUAUUAUGAUAUUAUGGUUUUAAAGACCUAAUCUGCUGUAAAGUAACUGGUAGCUACAGCUGUCAGAUAAAUGUAAUGGAAUAAAAAGUACAAUAUUUCUUUGAAACAGAGUGGAGUUCAAACAGAAAGUAGCAUCAAAUAAUAAUACACUGUUGUAAUCUAUUUUUUCUCCACUAAUUAAGCCUCAAAGGACCACACCCAUAAGGACGCUCCCACAAAACAGGAUGAGCAAGGGAAUUUAUUUGUGUGCUGUUCAGUGUGGAAGAAAACCAAUGCUGGUGGUGAAAACAAAACAGCCAUAACAUUAAAAUCACAGACGAAUGAGGUGAAAAACUGAUCAUCUUGGUACAAUACAAUGUUCUGCUGGGAAACCUUGAGGCCUGACAUUCAUUUGAAUGUUACUUGACAUGUACCAGUCACCUAAACAUUGUUGCAGACUGGGUUUUUUCAUUCAGCAGAGGUUGCUGACGCACGUUACGUUCUGUCUCAGAAGUGGAAAGCGUGCUCACAAAGUAAAUGUCCAUCCUUGGUCCUUUAUCUAUAGUUAAAUAAAAGCUAUUAGUUUCAUUUGGAUAAUUGAUAGAUGAUAUAUUGUAUAUAAUCGUGUGUCAAUAAGACCACAGUAAUGUUUUAAGUACACUGUAUUACAUUUCUACAGUGCUACACAAAGGCGUCAUAGGUUUCUCUGUCUAUCACUGUCAGUGUGUCAAAUGACCCUCACCAGCUGGAUGAACAAGUUUCUUAUACAGACACAGCCAGGGUGUAUCUCCGUCUCUGCCCACAUAUUUAAUCCACGAGCCUGGCAGAUUUUUUUGUUCGCAUCUGUCAGCUCUUUCCCCCUCAGUCACUGGAUUGUUCUGACUGAAGUCCCUCUCGUUACUGUCUUUAUCUCUUUAACUGAUAUAAUCCCUCCUGUUCUUGCUCUUAUUUAUAUGUACUCUUCCCUCCUGUUGGGCAGUGUUUUCAGUGGAACGCUUGUUUGGAUAACUCUUGUGCUGCAGUGUAAGAACUGAGGAAGAAGACAAACUUAACUUUCAGGAUAUCUGACUGACCUUCAUCCAACUGUUAAACCUUAUAUGCUAAUACAUUUUACAUCUGAUUCCACACGGCUCUCUUUUGCCAUUUACCCACACAUUUGAUCUUCAGAGCAUCAGUCCUUCUCAUCAUGGCCACCCAGUCCAUGCAAAACCACUAUGAAGAGGCCUACAUGUCCCUGAUGAGAGGCUUGAAAGAGAUGGACCUCAAUGGCCCCUGUGUUCCCUGUGACCUGGUUCUGACUGGAGACCAUGCCUUUCCUUUGGUAAUGAACAGCCGAGGCCAGGUCCUGAUGGCUGCUUCUCUGUAUGGUCGUGGAAGGAUUGUGGUCCUGGGUCAUGAAGGCUAUCUGAUGGCCUUCCCCACUCUGGUAGAAAACGCUUUGACCUGGCUUAGAGGAGAUGGAUCCGACAACUUGUCUGUGGGGGUCCAGAGGAAGGUCGAGGCAGUUGCUGAUAACCUCAGUAAAUCCAUCUUCCAAGCCAAUGUUGUGGAGGCCUUUAGUGACAACCCAGAGGUUGGUGUGUAUGUGACAGAUGCCUACAGUGUGGGUGAAGACCCGAAGAACCUGUUGGCAUUUAUGAAAGCUGGAGGAGGAGUGCUGAUAGCAGGGCAGGCAUGGUACUGGGCUUCAACACACCCUAAGGAGAACACACUGCUUAAGUUUCCAGGGAACAAGGUGUCUGGUGUGACAGGGAUCUACUUCUCUGAGCAUCAGGGGGAGGUAGAAUGCCUGCCAGUCUAUCCUCAGAUCCCAUCCUCCUGGAUGGCCGUAGUAAUUGGUAAGGAUUUUGAGGAUGACCUAGAGUUCUUACUCCAGGGAAUUUCAGAGUUUGACCUCCAGAAUGGAGUAGCAGCUUCUGAGGUUCUGGUCCAUGGACCUCUAGCCUUCCCCAUUGGUACCACUGAGGAUGGACGAGUGUUCCUGGCAGGAGCCUACUAUGGGCAGGGACGGGUUGUUGUGAUCACACAUGAAGGACUUCUGAGACGAGAGACACUGGCACCAGUUUGGAACAACGCUAUUCGCUGGUUGGAUGAAGGCCGGAAUGGGGUUGUUGGUGUAGCACCAAACCUCAAGCAAGCCUUUGAUCUCUUCUGCAAGUCAGACUUAAAUUGUAUGAAGACUAACCUCAGAGAAGACCUGAGCGUAUUUGUGUGUACAGCAUACAGUGAUGAUCAUGUGGAGGAAAUCCAAGACUUUGUGGCAGAGGGAGGGGGCCUGCUGAUUGGUGGACAUGCCUGGCACUGGGCCCAGACACACCGUGACCAAAACCCAAUGACAGAUUUCUCAGGGAACAAGAUCCUGAACAAAAUGGGUUUAAGUCUGCUGGAGAAUAUAAUCUGGGAAGGUUCCUACAAGGCUCCUGUGCCAAGCCAGGCCAUCAAAGACACCCACCACUUCCGCCACCUUCUACAUCGCUUUGCUGGUCAUGUAAAUCAGGGGAAAGAACUUACAAAGCACGAGGAGGAAGGCCUUAAAAAACUGAGUGGGGACUGUGCCAACUACUUGCGCAUGAAGGCUCACGACUGCCCCUCCUAUACACAAGUGGUGUCCACUCUGACCAACAUCUUAAAGAAGUCGGGCAUGCCAGAGGUGGGUGAUAGCUGCCCUGUGAAGAGUCCCAAAGACCAUCUACUCCUUAGUUUGGGGGCAGAGGUAUAUAAGGUUAGCCCGGAUUCUGAUGCCCUCUUGCCCUACCUCAUCAAGGAUAACCCUUUGAUGCCAGUUGUCUACAACCACAGAAUCAAGAUUAAUGUUAACACAGCAGGAGGGGAGGAGUGGAUCAGUACAGGUCUCUACCUCUCUCCUGGCAUGAAGACCUACAUGGCCAUCCCAGCAGAGAUUGUCAACAAGGGAUGGAAGGUCCAGAUAGGUUGUCAAACUGACAGACUGAACACUGCAGAGUUGAAGAGAGCACCGUGUGUUCAUGAACGAUUUCCUGUAAGCUCAGAGAUGAUGCAGGUGUGGAACCUCUGGGGGGGACUCAUCUACCUCAUUGCCCCACCCAAAACCCAAGUGGAGGCAGUGGAAGUCAUAGUCCAAAUGGCUGUACCUGCACCAUAUUAUAAAUCUGGUGUGACAACAGCAGCUGAUUGGUCCUUGCUGCGCACUGCUCCCGCACCCUGGGCAGAACUGGAGUUUGACAACAUCAUCCUGACUGUACCAUCGGAUGUUGUCCGGGACCUGGAGCGCCCUGAUGAGUUAGCCUCUCACUGGGAUGCCAUCAUGAGGGCUGUCGCUGAUCUUGCUGCCAUUCCACAAAAGUUUCCUCGCAAAGAGCGUUUUGUAACUGAUGUGCAGAUUUCCCAUGGUUGGAUGCAUGCAGGUUAUCCUGUCAUGGCACACAGAUCUGUAGCGGCUCAGCUGCUCAGCAUUGAGCAUGCUAGGACUACAGGUCUGUGGGGCCCCAUCCAUGAGCUUGGACACAACCAACAAAGAGACUGCUGGGAGUUCCCACCACACACCACUGAGUGUACAUGCAACCUGUGGUCUGUAUAUGUGCAUGAAGAAGUGUUUGGCAUCAACAGGGCACAGGCUGACCCAAGUCUGAAACCAGAAAAAAGGAAGCAUCAAGUGGAAAAUUACAUUAAGGAGGGCAGGAAUCUCAAAAGCUGGAGUGUGUUUUUGGCCCUGGAGACAUAUUUACAGCUCCAGGAGAAGUUCGGCUGGGAUGCCUUUAAGAAGGUGUUCACUGCCUACCAUGAGAUGAGCAACUUUCCCAGUGACAACCAAGGAAAGAUGAACCUGUACGCUGAGACUUUCUCCCAGACUGUGGGGAUGAACCUGGCUGGAUUCUUUAAGGCCUGGGGCUGGCCCAUUGAGACCACCACUGAGGAGAAACUCUCCAACCUGCCUCCCUGGAGUGACCACCCCAUGGUCCAGUAUGACUGA